AAGCCUCCACCAGUACAUGCAAGGCCAGAUUAACGCGGCGGUCAAAAAAGCUAGCUUCGCUGGUGAGGUUGUGCCACUGUCCCCCCAUACCUAAUAUCCUCUCCCUUCGCCCGCCCUUCUCGAAACAUCCAGGUCUGCUCUGCUUGCUCCAGAUUGUACUUGUGUGUUUUCUCUUUGCGACCGUCACUCUUUCGUCGUCUUAAUUUUGCUCUCUAAUGAACCCACGCCCACCCGCACCCACGCUCACUUAACUCAGCUUACUUACACUUUACGACCCCAUCAAUCACUCGUUAAUUAUACCUAUAUCCUCCACUUCCAACUAAUCAACACACCAAUUCACCAAGUCAGCAAGUCACCUGCCUGCUCAUCCAGCAACCACAUCACGCCCACCACGCAUCCAACCCACUUCACGUUGACACGAUUCAUCUGGUUUCCUUUCUAGGCGCAUCGCAUCGCAUCGCAUCGAAUUGUGAUUUUCCGGCCCUGCGACUGCUGUCGUCCCCAUUCUUGCUCUCACCCCAUCCAUAAGGCUAUUCCAGCUCACGAUAUUCAUCGCAACUCCGCCAGCAAGCAUCAUCGCAGGAUUUAUAUAGUCCUCGUAUUGUCCACCGUCGCCCGAGCCCCCAAGCAGUCCCGCGCAUUGUCGAUCGUUCGAUAUGCUCAUUUUGGCCAUCAGGACUCAUCGGUAGACCUCAUGGGACCGCUCCGCCAGCCGAGAUGUCAGAAUUACCUCGAAGGCCUCUCCACGAACAAAGCGAGUCCAUGGGCAACAGCGACAGUUCCAAGAGCAACAACAGCAGUCAAAAUAGUUUUCAGACCAAAUCCACCACCACCUCCAGCGCCGCGCCCAUUCGGCUGGUCCCUCAGACCCCACCGCAGCUCUUAGGAACCAGCGCCAGCAAGCUCACUGAGGCCAAAAUAAACACCACCACCUUUGCCGAAGAAGAAGAAGAUCGGACCCGGAAUCGGGACGGCACGCACGUGAGGCCUUCGGAUGCAAUUUAUUCUCGAACACCUUUGCCGACCCACCCCUCCCACCUACUUUUCCCCCCUGGCAAAGGCAAGGAUCGUGCAUUAGCGAACGAGUUUCGAACGAACCCACCAGCACCGGAAAGGCGUCGGUUGAAUGGUUCGUCCGUGCUGCCAACCCAUUUAACGCAUGCAGCGCCUCGAAAUACCAAUUCUGAUACAGGAGUCCCAAUAUCAAAGGUUAAACCCCCUGCCAAAAAGCGCUUGCAAAUCCACAAGGACAACAAGACCUUCUCCCUGCUACAGGACGACCGGGACCCCCAAGCCGACGCUGCCUUGGUCUCGCCAUUAUUAGGACGUUCCAGAGCUAGUUCAUACGAUUCGCUGGGAUCGGAGGCGCGUUAUGCACCUGGGCGGUCAAAUUCGAUAGAAUCAUGCCUCUCAUCAGCGCCUGCAACUCCCACUCCGGCUGGUAAGAAUUCCAUAAUUGCAGAUCCUAUCUCCACAGCCUCGCCUUGGAACUACGAGCUUGCGGGUGGCAUUCGCAAAGUCCCGAAGACGCCUGACAAUAAGAAGAGGCGUGUAUCCAACACCCCUCUCCCCCCCGUUCCAGAAGCCUCCGACAGGCCAUCCGCCGCGUCUCACGAUCUCUCCACGAAACUCUCCUUUCAAUCGACACAGACCACUUCAACUGCUACCACUGUUUCUGAGACUUCCAACUACAAAGUCUACAACACCACAUUCGCUUCAACUUCUGACGUUGCCCUUGCUCCGCUUGAUACAAGCAAUCCCAACUAUCAAUCGAUUGGCACGCCAUCCGACUCUCCUUCCGAGUCCUAUGAAAACUACCAGCUGAUUGGAACCCCCUCCGAACAUACCUCGGAGCCAUCUCCCAACGUCGAAUUGAUUGGUUCUCCUCCGGAAACCGAAUCGAACUACCAAAUAAUCAUACCCUCUUCCAACGCGUCAACAGCAUCCUCUGUUAUUCAUCGACCAUACACGCCAAGGUCGGAAACUAUUUCGGAAAACCAAAACUACGAGUUAUACGGAGAUCCAUCACCAACAGGGUCCGCUGCCAAUCUUAUAACAACACCACCUCGCAAACAAUCCAACGAAUCUUCCGUUUUCCCCCCACUCAGAUCCAAAACAAAUACUAGAUCAAAUGAGCAUUUGGGCUACUACAAAUCCAGAUCACGAGAAUCCCUACGAUCUGGCUCAUUCUCUUCCAUCACAACCGUUCUAACUCAGCAAGAAGCAUCUCGGGCACUCGUUGGCAGUGGAUCACUAAUAACACUACCGAUCCUCAACGAACGAUCGGAGGGAUCGAGUUCAUGGGCGGACAAGUCGGCCAUUCACCCCCCGCGGUUACACAUGCAGGAGCACCCUCACCAAUGGAGCUCACAGCUGUCAACUGUGCUCUCCGUCACGGAAGGCAGCGACACUGUUGGCAGACUUUCACGAGAUUGGGCAAGCGAUAGUGGCGGCCGCAGAAGUGCUGCAAGCGGGUUCCCCAGCAUUUCGAGCGACAGCCGACAGAGAGUAUUGAGCGUCAGUUCUUCCUUGGCCCUCGAAGAAGCGAGGCUUGAAUCCCUAGGACGCCCAGAGCCGGCAUAUGCUCGAAAUGGACGGAGGCACCAAAGUAGUGGUUCAAUUCCAUUCGUUGAGAACCAAGAUGAACAUGGAGAUGGAAUCACAGAUAUGCAAGACUUACGUAGUCGACCCUCCCGAACAAGGCUUUCUGGAUUCUUCAGCAUUAAUUCCUCGGACAAUGGACGAACCAACACCAUGCGAUCUACAUCCAGCUCUAGAGCAAAUAGCAUGCUUGCCAGUGCGGCAAUUCCUACAUGGGCGAAGUUAUACUAUGGCAGUGGAGAAAGAAAAUAUUUGGGUCGUCCUGGAAGUUCAACCGAAUCUACCGCUGGAAGUCGUGCAAGCUCUUUCUUAAGUGGUUCGCCUAAUACAGACCAUUUCCCUUCGCAUAUAUACAGUCCUAGGCGGCGGCCCAGAGAACGAGGCCAGGCUGACACUAGACCUUCCACUCGUGGAUCCAUGGAAAUAAAUCCUGCACCGCAACUUGAUGACCCUGGGUUUAUUCCACGAUACAGGGCAUGGAGUGUGUCAAGUGUAUGGUCACCACAUUUACGAAUGGACCGAAGAGCCACCCGUCAUAGUAUUUGGGACCCCCCAUCUGUAAACUGGUCCGCUGAUGGGAGCUCCUUUGGGAGAAGAAACAUUCAAAUUAUAAUGUUUGUGAUUGGAUUCAUAUUUCCCUUCUGUAAGUGCCUUGAAUCAAUCACCUCAGGGCUGCCAACUGACUUUUUUUUUGAUAGCUUGGAUGAUUGCAUCUUUUUUACCUUUGCCUUUAAAUCCAAUUUCAGAAAUGCGAGAACGAGACCCAGAGGACGAAGCCCAAUCCCAUGAUUUCGAUAGGCGUUUCGGACCUAUUGAUGAAAAGCGAUUUGAAAAUGCUCGGUGGUGGCGAAAUCUCAAUCGCUGGAUGUCUUUGGUGGGGUUGUUAAUCAUUGCAGCUAUUGUAAGUUAUUCCCAAUCUAUGGCGUAGCCUGAAACACCCAGCUUAUAAUAUUCUAGGUUGUUCUCGUGGUUGUCUCGGUUAAAGAAGGAUGGACAAUAACCACAACGAAAUAAUCGCCAAAAACUUCACCUCUCAUAUUUCGGAUCUAUAUCUCAAAAACGAUUACGGCAUCACAUCCCUUAUCAAAUCACGAUCUACAAACGUAUUUCCUCGAAGUCUUUCUACGACUAUAUAGAACACCCAUCAGCUCUCACCGGCUAAGCCUUCUUUUACCAAAACAACACAACAAUCUUCUAUUCUCUAUUAACGACUCAAUUACAACAUUUUAAGAAAUGUUCUGUACGACCAUCAACACACCAAACACAUCUUGUACACCAGAGAAGACGCAACAAUGACGGCACGGACGAAACAACCUAAUGCAGCGUUUUUCUGGAGCGCCAUCACCUUUCAUUUUCUCAAAUCUUAUUUUUAGCGGUCGCAUUGUACCGCGAGGAAACCAGUUUUAUACCCUUUUUAUUAUUCGACCUUUUGAGUUUUUGUAUAGAGAAGCGUUAUUUUAGAUUUCUAUCAUUGGCUUCUAUUGUGCUGAGCGUUUUUCACGUCUGCGGCAAUGACAUAGCAUGGAAUUGGAGAGCGCCAUGGGAUAGGGGAACAAAAGCAAAUUUGCUAAACGCACCAUCGUUGUAUGUGAGCGAGCAAUUGGAACGGGGAGGAAGUUAGAAAAAAAGCUUUACGUAAUGUGUUAAUGAAUUGAAGAACUACUAUUACC